CGAAGAGUCUGCGUCUGAACAUGAAGCUGCAACUACUAAAAAGGGAGCUUCAAACGUCUCGUCUAGUCUUGGUCUCUUGGUUGGUAAAGAAGAUGAAGAGGAUCCUGCACAAUUUUCUGUACUGCAAAAUAAGAACAAGGAGAUAGAGAAGCAAAUCGAUGAAGAGCACGCAGCUGCUCUCGAGCGUGCGAAAGAGUUGCUUAAGGAAGCUGGCAUGAUGCCAAGUGAAGAAGCAAAGAAGAAAAAGCAGACAAGAGCUAAGAGUCAAACUGAGUUAGAAGUCGCUGACAUCCAGCGGCGUGCUCGCAUUGGAAAAAGGGUUUUGAAGCUACAGAAAAAGUCUGAGAGUAUGGUCAACAAACUCGAAGAAAAUCGAGCUGCAAUGCGAGAUUCUGCAAUAGCCAAUCAAUAUGGUGCUCCAGGAGUGAUUGUUCGUACGAAUGCUGGUUCAGUCGAAGAUUUGGAUCAAGAUUUGGAUCCUUCAGGUGUUGAGGAUUCUCGCUCGAUCAUGUUCGCGCCUAAAGAAAUUUCAUCGAAAGGUAAUGCUUUACUUUAUUAG